ACCAAAACAGAAAAUGGCGUCAGCUGAGCCCCAGCCGCGGUUCGGCCAGUCUGUCAAAGGUUUAUUAUCCGACAAGGUGGGCUCCUGUAGCGGGGAUGUGAUCGCACUGACCCGCCAGGUUCUGAAAGGAUCCCGCAGUCAGGAGCUUCUUGGUCAAGCAGCAAGAAACAUGGUCAUCCAGGAGGACGCCAUCCUGCACUCUGAGGAUAGUCUGAGAAAAAUGUCCAUAAUCACCACGCAUUUACAGUACCAGCAGGAGGCCAUUCAGAAGAAUGUGGAGCAUUCUAAAAACCUGCAGGACCAGCUGAGGCACCUGCUGAAGUGAUGGUGACCCGCCGCCAAACCUCCGGAGGAUCCUGUGUUGAGCAACGCUGCCUGAGCAGCACUGAAGCUUCCAGAGGCUUUAAUACCAUAUUUCUGCUUUAUAACACGUGGCUGGCUGGUACAGCUGGGACUGGACAAACACAGAGCCUGUGUGCCUGGAUUGCUCUGCAAAGCAGCAGCCAUGGAGCAUUUGUUCUUUAUGUUAUGUAAAAUGUUUUGAUCAGUUGUAUUAAAU